CAGAGACCCCCUACUCUUUCCCAUCAGUGUCUAAACUCAGUUUAUCAGGGAAGGAGCCUAUGAGAGAAGCCAAAUUCAGCCUUGCUGGAACUCCCAGUCCAAGAGGGGUGUGGUUUACAGCCCUCGGGCAUGCCUUAUGACUUCAGCUGUGACCCACAGACGGACACCAGAGGAAAGCUACCUGAGUCAUCACGGCUCCCUGGUCAGAGCUAGCCAUGACGAGGAUUUGUACCUGCGUAUACCACUUCCUUGUUUUGAGCUGGUAUAUUUUUCUCAAUUAUUACAUCUCACAACAAGGAGGAGACCAGCGGAAAUCCAAAGUCUUUCUCAAUGGCGGACAGUGGAAGUACUUGACAUUCCUAAAUCUGCUCUUGCAGGCCAUUUUCUACGGGGUCGUCUGUGUGGAAGAUGUACUAAAAAGAAUUAAGGGGGAAAAAGACAUUAAGUUCAUGACCGCCUUCAGAGACCUGCUUUUUACCACGCUGGCUUUCCCAAUCUCCACAUUUGUUUUUUUGUCGUUUUGGAUCCUUUUUCUCUACGAUCGAGAGCUUGUUUACCCGAAGGCCUUAGAUGGUAUCUUUCCAGUGUGGUUGAAUCAUGCAAUGCACACAUCCAUCCUGCCCUUUGCACUGGUGGAAGUCGUCCUCUGGCCGCACUGCUAUCCACAGAAGAAGAAAGGUCUCACCUUGUUGGCUCUCGCUAGUCUUGUGUACAUCAGCAGGGUCCUAUGGAUCUACUCUGAGACGGGUACGUGGGUGUAUCCUGUGUUAGCCAAACUCAGCCCGGUGGGUCUAACAGCCUUCUUCUCUCUCAGCUACAUCUUUAGUGCUGGCCUCUAUCUACUUGGAGAGAAGCUCAACCACUGGAAAUGGGGUGACAUGAUGAAGCCAAGGAAGAAGAAGAAGUGAUCCCAGGCGGUUUUCCAAGAACAAAGGAGGAAGAAAACAUGAGAGUUUCAUUUCUA